AUUCUCUAUAUACAGAUGUCUUGUCGUAUGUAUAUCUCGAUAAGACAUCGACAAACGCGGUUACUAGUAAAAUUUAUAUUCUUUUGUGCGCCUUCAUUUCCUUAACUUGAUUAUUGAAGAUCGAAGCUGUCAGUAGCUGGUUCAGAGAUUGGAAUCAAUCAAAACGGCUUAAUUUGCAACAUUUUUUUAUUACUCAGGAAUCUAGGCUAGGGUGGGCAGUGGGAUUUAGUCGAGGUGCGCUUAAGCAGCCCGGACACCUGAGUUAUAAAAAUUAAAUUUGUUGUAAAUUCAGCCGUUUUGAUUGAAUUCAACAUUACAUAGCACAGGACACAACUGCAGGGAGGAAAUAAAAAGACUUUGCUCCCAAAUAAUUCAUUUGAAUUUCCAUUAAAAUUCAGGAAAUAAGGUAAUGUGAAAUCUGCCACACUACGUUGCUGUAAAGCACUUCCAGCUAUUCUAUUUAUUGAUGAUUCAAUCGUAAAAUUGUGCAUUUCAUGUCAUCGUGACAACCAAAUGGACCCCAUAUUAAAUUGAAGAUGAGAUGUGGAGUCAGGAUUAACCAAAGGAGAUGAUGUGAAUUCAGAAUCAAUUGGUGACAGGAACUGGUACAAGACAACUUUGCAAAGGGUUAUCCAAGCAGUGUGACUCCAGAUUAUGCUCCUUUUCAAAUGUGGGACUUAAUGCAGGGCCUUUCCACUUACAUUCGGACCAUGCUUUCUACCCAGGCUCUCUUGAGUGCCAUUGGAGUCGGUGAAAAAUCAGCUACGGUCAUUGGGGCCACAUUUCAGUGGUUUUUGAGGGAUUUUACUGGCAUGCUCGGAGGGAUCUUGUUCACGUUCUACCAAGGUUCAAACCUGGAUAGCAAUGCCAAAAUGUGGCGUUUAAUUGCAGAUUUCAUGAAUGAUCUUGGGAUGUUGAUGGACCUUGUUUCUCCUUUAUUUCCUUCAGCAUUUGUGUUCAUAGUUUGUUUGGGGAGCUUGUCAAGAUCAUUCACUGGUGUUGCUAGUGGAGCAACUAGAGCUGCUCUGACACAGCAUUUUGCCCUUCAGAAUAAUGCAGCAGAUAUAUCUGCCAAGGAAGGAAGCCAAGAGACAGUGGCCACAAUGAUUGGGAUGGCCUUCGGAAUGCUGCUUGCACAUGUUACUAUGGGAUACCCUCUAGCCAUAUGGCUUUCUUUUUUGUCUCUGACCAUGUUCCAUAUGUAUGCGAACUACAAGGCUGUUCGGUGUCUCUCAUUAACUACAUUGAAUUGUGAAAGAAGCUCAAUUCUUCUGCUGCAUUUUCUGAAGACUGGCCAAGUUCUCUCUCCAGAGCAAGUCUCUGUCAUGGAGCAUGUGUUACCAUUGUGGAUCACUUCAUGGAGCUCAAAGAAUACGAAAUUUUUGCAUACACGGGUACGCUUAGGUGUGAGGGUUUCCUCACUUAACCACCAGGAAAUGGUGAGACUCAUGGAAUCUUCUGGAUCUCAUUACAAGAAAGCAAAGUAUUUGCUGCUUGAGCAAAAGGGAACAGUCAGUAUUGUUAUGCAUAAGGAUUCGAUAGCUACAGAUGUCUUGCAGGCAUUCUUGCAUGCUCUUGUCAUCGCAAAUCUUUUUGACGAACACAAGUCUGCGCAUUCGGAGAGCCAUUCAUGGAUGGACGAACACUAUCAAAACCUUGUUGUGAAGCUGCAGUCAUCAGGGUGGAAAACAGAACGCCUUUUGUCACCCUCAAUCAUUUGGAGGGCCAAUUGGGUGCCUUCAAGUGACAAGAAGAUCGACUAGUGAAUUCUAGUAUCACAUGAAAUUCAGCUGGUGCUGGAAAAUUGAGAAAGUGAAAACAACUGCCGUUCUGUUUGAAAGGAAAACCCGUCACUUUGAAGUUACUAAAGAUUCUUGAGUUGCAGAUAUGUGGAAUGGCAACAUUGAUACAGGGAAACAAUAUCUGAGAUGGCUAUGCAAAUCUGGCUAGAUUACCAUUACGCGAUGAGAGCCAGUCCCUUUCUCACGACUCAGAACAAGUAGAACAAGUGUUUCUGACAUUUUAACUACUGUAUUGAAAUUUAACUUAGAUGUCACUUAAUUAAUUUGACCUCUGUAUUUUUAUUUUUAUUUUUGUUUUAAAGUUGCUGACAGUGUAAACUUGUUCCUCUUAGAAUGAUUUCCAGUCAGAGGCAAGCAUUGAGCUUUAUUUAUACAAGAACCUGCAUUGUUUGAACUGGA